AUGAUAAAUGGCCAAUUCCACACUCUUUUUCUCUGUUCACAUGUUUUUCCCUGGCAUUUGGGCUUUUCUGUUUAUAGAAAUGAGGCCUUGCAUUUCAUUGACACUCAGAGAAGAAGGAUUAGUCUUUUCUGUUACAACCAGUUCAGGCCCAUAGCUCCUCAGGCGGAAUUCUGGGCAUGACAGCUGGUGAUCGUAUCAGUACCUGGAGCUUUUUUUCACCUUUAUGCUGUGUGUAAAAGCAUCAUUCAGGAAGAUAACCUUCAAAAAUUGUUCUAUACGACACUGUUUUAUGUCUUCUCUGUUUUCUUAAGGCUUAUACUUGAAACUGUGGGGAUUUUUGGCUUCAGAUUUAGCUUUGAUUUCAAAGUAAACACAAUUUACAUGUGUGAUGUGGGUGCACUGAAAAAACGUUUAAUUACCCAAUGCAUGGUGCCAGAGUACUUUGAAAAGACAAUUUUUCUUAUUGCAAUGGACAUGUUUACUGUGAUUACAGUGAUCUUGUGUGUUGCUGAAAUUUUUGAGGUGUCGUGCAGAAAGGGUUUCUUUAAAACUCAGUGGUGUCAAUGA